GAGCACUCGCGUCAUCACACCGGAAGUCAACCCUUAACUUUCCACCACGCAUGCGCAAGCCUCUCGUGUCUUCGACCUCUACUUCAAACCGGUGAGAGCUAACUCUUCAGUCUUGAUCAGUGUUUGAAAUUAAUAUAGAUUUGUGACACAUAUAUGUAACUACAAACCGUUGCAGCUUUACUGACUACACCUCUGCCUCGCACCUCUAAAUUUUCAACCAGCUUGUUUUAGCGCUGUUGUUCGGCGUGUUGCUAAUCUUGACCUUACUUGUGUGUGUCCAAUAUGCACACUUUGUACUUUCUUAUUCAGCAAACUGGCUAAGGAUUUACAAAACUGCAAAUUAACAUUGUUGUAUGUCAUGUGUUGUUCUCUGUAUAGAGUGGACUCUGAAUUUGUGCCAGCUCUCCUGGUUGACCUGACCAUUACGUCCCUUCAUAAUGUAUGCCUGUGCUAAGUUCGUCUCCACGCCCUCUCUGGUAAGUCUGCCUAAAUGAAUGGAAGUGACAACCUUAUUAGCCUUUAUAGUGCAGCAACCUGUUGAUAUUUUAAUAGUUUGUUUGAGGCUUACAGCAUGUGUUUGGGUCUAACCUAACAGCUGUUGUAAGGUAUGUCUAAUAAUGUCACUGGGGUGUGUGAAGUUAGCAGUCUUUGAGCCACUGCUAAAGUCAGUCAGUCAAUCAACACACCUGCAAGGGCGGCCCUGUUUUCUACAUUGUAGAGGCACGACCUAGGAUCCUUACCGUUUCCCUGUCUUUAAAGUUACUUUACCUUUUUAAAGGUUUUAUUGAUUAGUUUGAUGUAAAUCUAGAAUCUAUUUUUUGAUACUUGCACUCCUCCCACUGCACUGUUGUUCAAGAUUGUUUAGUUGUACAUAGCCUUUUAUACUUAUUGUACAUAGCAUUGACAUAACCUUUUAUAUUUUAUAUUUUUACACUUUAUAUAUUUCUUGCAUGCUCUUAUUAGUUUUUAUUCUAGUAUUAUUUUAUAUUUCUCUCUGUUUAUUGUUGCACCAUCAUGCCAAAACAAAUUCCUAGUCUGUGAAUCCUGUUCAUCGACAAUGGUAAUAAAACCCCUUCUGAUUCAGAUUCUGACUGAGAUGACAAUUGAGCUAUUAGAGCAGAAAUGCCCCAAACUAAUACCUUUUGAUUUUUGUUGGGAUGAUCUCUUCUGGAUCUGCGCAAUCUAUUUAAUACAGAAUGUCACUGUCCUAAAAGUCCACAUUUUUUGGAUGCUGUCUAGAGUAAAGUACAUGUAACCUUGGCAAUAACAUCUAAACUUUUUUUUUUCCAUGAUGCAGAUCCGUGCUGGAUCUCGGGCUCUGUACAGACCACUCUCUGCAGCAGUAGUCUCAGAUGCCAGAAAAGCAGAGGUAAGUUGAGACUUAUAUCCACAAUAUUGACUGAUUCAAAGACUUUGAAAAAAAUAAGCAGAAUUAGGGGCACUCUUGAUAAUACUUCCCACUUUCUUAUCUCUAGAACUCGAGUAAAUUUGAUUUGCAAGAUAAUUUAGUUUUUAAUUCUGAAUUUAUAAAACAUUCAAAUUAAGCACAAUUAUUUGGCUCUCUCUAUUUUCAUGCAUUUCAUUAUAAAACAAGCUCCCACACUACCAAUGUUAUCAUUAAUUAGACUAUAUACUUUUUACAGUUAUUAAAUGUAUCAGAGUAAUUUUUCAGGUUACCAACAAGUAUAUAAUCAGACAGUUUUGGUGAGUUUUUUUUUUCCUUAAAGAGUAAUGCACACAGACAUGCACAAGGGAAAGAUCAGCAGAGCUACCAUGUGUCAUGUCAUCAGAAAAAUUACAUUGAAAGCUGCACUUGUCGAUCUUGUCACACAAGCAGCACUUUAAAAACUCUCCUGGUGGAAGUAUACCCAUUUUAACCAAUAAAAUGUCGGACUUUACAUCUUCAGUUUUAAUGAAACUAAAAAGAGCUGUGGUGAAUCCGAUAAAUAAAAAAGGGGAUUGUCACAGUGGACCAUUGUAGCUUAUUGAACUGUAUCAUUUAAUCAAAUGAGAAAUCAAUUAAAAGAAGUGCUAAAAGCUGGUUCCUUUAAGCAGUCUCUCUCUAUCUAGCAAAAACCAUCUAGUCUCACAAUGUAAUCUUUUAUCCUGACCAUUGCUUCAUACUAACCUUCUCUCCUCAUUCUUGUAUUCCAGACUGCUUCUCUCCUGGCACCACAGAGUGUUGUAGCCUCCCAGCAGCAGGUGGCAGUGAGGGCAUUCCAGACCAGCGCUGUGAGCCGCGACAUCGACACUGCUGCAAAGUUCAUUGGAGCAGGAGCUGCCACCGUGGGAGUGGCAGGAUCCGGAGCAGGGAUUGGAACAGUGUUCGGUAGCCUUAUUAUUGGAUAUGCCAGGUUAGUUACACACAUCACCUGUUAGUUUGAGCCAUCUGGCUCUAGGCAGAGAAUGUUGGGCUUGUUAAUCAGCACCCUAGACUAUACUCAAAAAGUGAUAAUAACUUUUAUUUAUUUUUUUAAUCUGAUGAUAAGGGUAAGGAUUUUAUUCUAAUAAAAUAAAUCACUAUAAAACUACAGCACAUUUGACACUUAUAUUAAAAUAUAUAAGAAAUUUAAUGUAACGUAGAGAGGAAAUUGUGAGAAUGAUGUCUGUGCAUGAUUAAACAAUUGGAAAUAAAUCUAUUUUACCAUGGCUUUCUACAGAUUUAGAGGUUCAUGUUUCUAUUCCUUAGUGUAGAGGACUCUGGGUCUGCUUGCUCUCUUUAACGGUUUUCAUUUUGUACCUCCACUUUGUCUCAGCUGCUCAUCUCUUUCUCAACAGGAACCCGUCUCUGAAGCAGCAGCUGUUCUCCUACGCCAUCUUGGGCUUCGCUCUGUCUGAAGCUAUGGGUCUUUUCUGUCUGAUGGUUGCAUUCCUUAUCCUGUUUGCCAUGUAAACCAGGCAGGACCUUUGCAAAAGAAAGGUUUAUAAAGAGACACAUGGAACUAAGCAUUAGACGUUUGAGAUGCUCUUGAAUGGUAGGAUAUGUCUACAAAUCGUGGUGCUUAUUCUUGUAUCUCUCAAAAGAUUGUGAAGCCACAGAUUUAUGGAACUCUGGCAAACCCAAAUCAUUUUAAAUGAUGGUUUCGCCAAAGUAUUGUAUAUUUAAUCAAUGUUUUUGUUAACAGAUAUUCCAUCAAUAACAGAAGUAAAACUUAAAUUCUCCUCUGAGUGUAUGUUUUGUUUUUUAAGAUGGAAGAUAUUUGUGGAUGUUUACUGACAUAAAAAUAAGAGUGACAGUGUUUUUCUAUACAGCAAAUCUACAUAGAAUACUAAUACACAAAUGGAUUGCUAAGAAGAACGGUGUCAACAUCUUCGAUUCAAAAU